AUGCAACCAUUGAGUAGGGCAAUCGACAUUGUUGUUGACUCUAUCUUUUUCUUUAGUUUUUCUAUUUCAAGGAACUCUUUAAAUGUCCUCUCGAAGGAGUCUUUGAAUUCUUGGAACAGUGCUCUUCCAGCUGUGUCAUUCCCUUGGAGUGAAGUACUUUUAAGUGAAUCUAAACAUUCUGCCCAUAAAAAUUUGAUGGAAGAUCGAAUUGCUCAGAUGCUAAUAGGACAUAAUCCUCCAUUUCUAGUCAAAAAUUUAAUAAAGCAUACUCGUAUAGCAUGUAAAAAUCCAAUAGAAUCGGAAUGUUCAUACUUUUGCAUUCAGGACAAUGAAUUAACUAGAGAAAUGUCCAUUAAAGCAUUUAUACACAAUAGAAACACAACCAUUUCAAGAACAAUUAGAAUGAAUGAACCCAUUGUAACAUUUAGUUGUUUUGAUGAAAUACAUUUAUUUUUAUAUUACAUUCCUAAUCAAAACCUACAAAUUCAAGCUAUAAAUGAAAAUCAAGAUCAAGAAGGAGAAACGACCAAUAAUAUUACCUCAUUCAAGAAAGACAAUAAAUGCCACGUUUUCUACACAAAAAUAAAUUGCUGCAGAAACUGGGACAGAAAACAGCUUAAGGCUGUUGAGCUAGAUUUUAUAAGCAGAUCCAAUAAUUAUAUUAAUAUUCCAAUAUCUAUAUCAAAUGCAAGAAAACCGAAUGAUUGUCACUAUAAUGUAUGUCAGGAAACAAGUAGCAAUACUUACACAAUACUAAUGGAAUCCCAGUGUAUAAUAUUUCCAUGUUUUCAAUGUCCUUUGUGUUUUAGGUUAUUUAGGAAUCCAAGUGUUAUGAAAUAUCAUAUAAACUAUUUACAUAUUAAUUAUGAACUAGGGAGAGAAGGCAAAAACAUUUCUUUAAAGAAAAUCCAAGAGAAUGUAUUUGCAAAUUCCCAUCCAAUAGAAUCCGACACAGACACGCAUCCAUCAAUGCAUGGGAUAGAAUUUUAUAGUAAGACCUUUUUUGAUGAGUACACAUCGAGUGGGGAAGAUUCGGUAAAAAAUUACAUAGACUUCUAUGCUGAUAUUUGUAUUGAAAGUGAAAGUAAAGGAAACUACAAUGUAAAUAAGAAGACAAGCUCGCCAAUAAAGGACACGGUGGGAAAUCUUGUGAAUGACAAGGUUAAAUGCAAGAAUUAUUUAACAGAAAGAUUACUUGUCAUUGCAAUCUUUAAUGCAAAGUAUACUGGCAAGAAAGAGGGCAUUACAGCGUAUUUAUUACAGUUAAAACCAUUAUCUAAAGAAACGAAAGGCCAAAAACAGUUUAAACCCAUUCCAAACUUUUUCUUAACACCGAUAUUUGAAGACACAGUAUUUUUAAAUCAAAAAUAUUUAAAGAAAACAACAAUAUCGUUUAUGAGGAAAAGAAAAACUAAACUUCUGGAAUACUGUCUACAAAACUAUGGAUUGCUGAUUGAGAGGGAAUUUGAUACUCUUAAUUAUUCUAGUAUGCUUUCAAAACAUUUGAAUUUGAGAAUAAAAGAGCAUUUGUUUACAUUAGCACUAAGUCCUAAAAUGUACAAGCUAAUGAAAGCAUGGAAUAGUGUUUAUAUUGAGAAUUUGAAUCUUGAAAAGGCGCUUUAUGAAAUUGUUUCAAGCUAUGGAAUGAUUGAUGAAAUCAUUGAGUUUAUUGAGCUUUUGUACACCAGGGGAUUGCUAAAUAGUGAAGAAAUAAUGAAAAUACUAAAUAAGAUACAGUAG